AUGUCUUCAGAAACUGCACAAGUCAGCUCAUUGCCACUGCCGCCCUUACAAUAUAUAAACUUUUAUACUGACGAAAAUGUACGCAGAAAUAGGGCCCCUUUACCUCCAAGACCUAUUCAUGACUCUUAUCAAAUGUUUGGCCAUACAUUUAAUGCUGAUGAUACCAUUAUUCGGUCCCUAGAGAGCCAGGGUUUCCGCAGACUGUAUCCAAUGCAUUUUGAAAGACGACGAGAACUGAAGAAAUUGAAUCAUUCUUUACUAGCAAACUUUUUAGAUCUGUUAGAUUUAUUGGUACAUUGUCCUGAUUCUCCUAAAAGAGCAGAGAAGGUAGAAGAUCUUAGCUUGUUGUUUAUUCAUAUUCAUCAUCUGCUUAAUGAAUUUAGACCACAUCAAGCUAGAGAAACAUUAAGAGUUAUGAUGGAAUUACAAAAACGCCAAAGAGUGGAGACAGCUAUGAGAUUUCAAAAACAUUUGGACAAAGUUCAAGAUAUAUUACAAAAUGCAUUACAAAGCUUACCAGAUCAAAAUGAUUUAGAAACCAAUUUCAAAGUGCCUAUUGAGAUUCUUGAACACAUGGAUUGCAGUCCUAGCGAUAAUGCCAAUUCCGAUCCAUGUUAUGAACUAGACAGGAUCAUGUGUAACAUUGUAGAUAACAUGAGA